AUGGGGUCUCUAGAUCAGCCAGGGGCCGACCAUAUUGGGCCAUUUGCACGCGAAUCAUUGACCGAAUUCAUUGACUCGCAGAUGAUUCCUCUUGGACCAUAUACUGAACCGAAGGACUAUCUCGACUCCAGCAUUGGACUUAUCCUGAAGUUAAUCAUGAAUGGGGAGAUUUAUGCAGGGCAUGAGGUCGAUGCAUUCUUAGUCCACCGCUUUCUUUUGGACUGCGUCACUGGAGUAUUGCUCUAG